AUGCCUAAGGAACAGGAGUGUCACAACCACAGCCCCGAUGGGGACUCCAGUUCUGACUACGUGAACAACACCUCUGAGGAGGAGGACUAUGACAAGGGCCUCACUGAGGAGGAGGAGGGCAUCCCCUACUACAUCCGCUACUGCCCUGAGGAUGACAGCUACCUGGAGAGCAUGGACUGCAACAGGGAGGAGUACCUGGCUCACGGCGCACACCACACCCAGUGGACAUUGACGGGUGCCAGGAUGCAGUGGAGUAGACGGCCUAGACGGGCCUGCACCCCCAUGGUCACGGGGCUAAAGGCAGCCAGGACUACCCUGAUGGCCAACUGCCCAUCACGGAGGAUG